CUAAUACACAAGACAAAUAGGCUAUAUUUAAAGCCUCAAGAUGCUAAAGGGAUGUCAGAAGUCUAGGGUUAGUCAUGAGGAUACACGGCUUUUAGUUAUAUCAAAUCGGCUUCCAAUUACAAUUAAACGAAAAGGAAAGGGCGAAUAUGAAUUUAGUAUGUCAUCAGGAGGUCUUGUAAGUGCCUUAAGUGGGCUAAAGAAGUCUAUUUAUUUUUCAUGGAUUGGAUGGCCAGGUGUGGAAAUUCCAGAAUCAGAGCAGAAAUAUGUAAUAUCUAGGCUCCAGGAGGAGUAUAAUGCGGUGCCAGUAUUUAUGGAUAAUGAAUUGGCGGAUCGACAUUAUAAUGGAUUUAGUAAUAGUAUUUUAUGGCCACUUUUUCAUUAUCAUCCAGAUGAAAUCCGCUUUGAUGAACCUACAUGGGAGGCGUAUAGAGAGGCAAAUGGAAGAUUUGCAAAGCUUAUAUGUUCUAUUGUUCAAGAAGGGGAUUUAAUAUGGGUGCAGGAUUAUCAUCUUAUGUUACUUCCGGCUAUGUUACGAGAGGAAAUUGAUAAAAAAUACAAGAAUAUAAAAAUAGGAUUUUUUCUUCAUACACCUUUUCCUAGUAGUGAGAUUUACAGAAUUCUACCAGUACGGAAUGAAAUCUUACACGGUGUUCUUCACUGUGAUUUGAUUGGAUUUCAUACCUAUGACUAUGCUAGACAUUUUCUUUCCUCAUGUUCACGUAUUUUAAAUCUUCAUACGUUGCCAAAUGGUGUAGAAUUUGAUGGAAAAUUGGUUAAUGUUGGCGCAUUUCCUAUCGGUAUUGAUCCAGACAAAUUUACAGAAGGUCUUAAACAACCUAAGGUCAUAGAAAGAAUACAAACUUUAGAAAAAAAAUUCGAAAAUAUUAAGAUUAUAGUCGGUGUUGAUAGACUAGAUUAUAUUAAAGGUGUACCUCAAAAGCUUCAUGCCUUGGAAUUUUUCCUCACUGAACAUCCUGAAUGGAUUGGCAAGGUUGUUCUUGUUCAAGUUGCCGUACCAUCACGCCAGGAUGUUGAAGAAUAUCAAAAUCUUAGAGCAGUAGUAAAUGAACUAGUUGGUCGAAUAAACGGAAAAUUUGGAACUAUAGAAUUUAUGCCUAUUCAUUUUAUGCAUAAGAGUAUCAGCUUCGAUGAAUUAAUUGCUUUAUACGCAGUUUCUGAUAUAUGCCUCGUUAGUUCAACUAGAGAUGGAAUGAAUUUGGUAUCUUAUGAAUAUAUUUGUACUCAACAAAAAAGACAUGGAGUAAUGAUACUAAGCGAAUUUGCGGGCGCUGCUCAAUCACUUAAUGGAAGCCUAAUUGUCAACCCAUGGAACGUCACCGAACUUGCAGGUGCUAUUUAUGAUGCAAUUACAAUGCCUGAAGAUUUACGAAAAUCCAACCAUGAAAAACUCUAUCGUUAUGUUAACAAAUACACAAGUUCAUUUUGGGGCCAGUCAUUUGUCAAUGAAUUAAAACGUAUUUCUUUAUUAUCAGAGAACAUAAUGGAUUCCAUGGUUAAUCCUCUAGCAUAA